CCAGCAGACCAUGCGUCUAGGUCGUUGUCAGCAGCUCAACUUCUAAAGUCCACAUGGUUCACUGGACCAUCCUUCAUCCACCGUUUUUCUGCAGGAAAAGCACAAGUAAGUAAGACAUUUGACUUAAUUGAACCGGACAAAGACUCAGAGAUCAGGCCACAGGUCAAAACUUACGCCACUCACCUCCAAGCACUCAGCAGCAAACGUUUCGAGCGCUUUUCCACCUUUAAGUCCUUAGUCAGAGCUAUGGCAAAUCUUAUCCACAUCGCAAAAUCCUUCAACGGCACCAACCUAAACAGCGAGUGCAAAGGCUGGCAUAGAUGUCAACUGCCUUGUACACCCAAUGAGAUGGCUCAGGCAAGAAACAUCAUCCUCAAAGAGACUCAAAAGGCCUGCUUUGAAAAAGAACAUUCCACCCUUAGUGCCAGCAAACCUAUCCCAAAACAGAGCCCUCUACAAAAGCUCAGCCCAGUCUUACAAAACGGUCUUAUUUCUGUUGGUGGCCGACUCAAACACUCUGAGAUUGAGAAUGUUGAAAAAAGCCCAGUAAUUCUUCCCAAAGACCACCACGUCUCUCUUCUGCUCACUCGUCACCACCACGAUCUAGUGAAGCACCAAGGCCGUCACCUGACAGAAGGAGCGAUUAGGGCUGCAGGGCUGUGGCUCUUAGGCGGCAAAAGACUAGUCAACUCGGUAAUACACAAAUGUAUAACCUGCCGCAAACUACGCGGAAAACAAGAACAACAACGCAUGGCGGAUUUACCACCCGAGCGCCUCAAAACGUGUCCUCCAUUCUCUUACGUCGGCCUUGAUGUUUUUGGGCCUUGGACUAUAACAACGAGACGUACUAGGGGUGGACAAGCCGAAAGCAAGCGGUGGGCAAUCAUGUUUACCUGCAUGAGUUCGAGAGCCGUGCAUAUUGAGGUAAUCGAAUCUCUAGACACAUCUAGCUGCAUAAACGCCCUCCGCCGCUUCUUUGCACUAAGAGGACCUGCAAAACAGCUGCUAUCUGAUCGUGGCACCAAUUUUAUUGGAGCUUCAAAGGAACUAGGAAUGGACACAUCACUGCAAAAGUAUCUAACAGACCAAGGUUGCAGCUGGGAGUUCAAUCCGCCACACGCCUCCCACAUGGGAGGCUCUUGGGAACGCAUGAUCGGCGUCGCCCGCAGAAUCCUGGACUCUAUGCUACUUCAAAAUAAGGUACAACUGACUCACGAAGUACUAUGUACCCUCAUGGCCGAAAUUACAGCCAUCAUAAAUGCCAGGCCGCUUCUCCCAGUGUCCUCUGAUCCAGAGAACCCUUUUAUCCUUUCCCCCUCCAUGCUCCUUACGCAGAAAUCUUGCCUUUUACCCCCAUCUGGAGAUUUCCUGGACAAAGACAUUUACACCAAACAAUGGAGACAAGUCCAGGCUCUUGCCAAUCAGUUCUGGACACGCUGGAGGCAAGAGUAUUUGCCCACAUUACAACAGAGGCAGAAAUGGACUGUAACUUACAGGAACCUACAGGUCGGUGACCUAGUUCUGCUUAAGGACAAGCAGGUCGGUCGUAACCACUGGCCCAUGGCGAGGGUCACUGCCACAUUCCCAGGAAAGGACGGUCGAGUAAGAAAGGUCGAGGUAAAGGCAUGGGACCAAGGCUGUGUAAAGACUUUUAUGCGACCAGUUACAGAAGUUAUUCUUCUCAUCCCAAAGGACUGAAUGUAUAAUGUUUUGUUUAGAAUAGUGGCCUCAAAGAGGCCAGGCGGGGAGUGUGCUGCCUUUAAGGCUUUUCUUUAAAUAAAUAAGUUGGUGUUAAAAAAGUUGAUAGCUU